AUGCACUGCACUCGACUACUAAGAUCUAUGAUCGAGACUAAUGUGUUCUAUCUUGUUCUUCAGGAAAUAUCCAAGAUGGUUUUGAUUGUUAGGCCUGUUUUGGAGAUCAAGUCAAUUUCUAGAUUAUUGCUUGAUGAUCAUGCGUGGUUGAUCAGACUGUGGAAGUCUGUUGAAGAGCCCCCUAUUCGGUUAACCUAUGCUAGAAGAAAGAAGAGCAAUGAUCAUAAAGGUUCAGCCAAGUCAGUUGAGUUUGUUAGUGAGGGGAAGGAUAGACAGGGCCUCUCAAAUAGUCCUGGACUUGUGGGAUUCUACCAGUCGCCCAUCAGAAAUAUCCAUGUUAAAAUGAAUCACCGAAAAUGUGCUCUGGAAACAACAAUUAAAACUAGUUCGAUCUGUAUGCCCUUUGGAUGCCUUGUCGAUUUUCAUAUGUUAAUGAAUUCUAACUGUACUAAGGAAUUUGUUUGCUGCACUGGUAGGAAGGGGUAUCUAGUUUUAUUCUCAACUAACUUGGAACAUCUGUCCCAGUUCUUUGUUCUGUUACCACCGCUUUACGAGCUCAUUCUGGAGAUUGAACGUGAUGGUAUAUGUGGUGGGAGACUUCUCAAUAUUUUGCACAAACGAUGUCAUUGUGGAGUUCCCGAAUUGCAGACAUGCAUCCAGCGGCUUCUAUGGCAUGGACAUCAGGUCAUGUACAAUCAACUUGCAUCUUGGAUGGUUUAUGGGAUUCUUCACGACCAGCAUGGAGAAUUUUUCAUUAGCAGGCAAGAGGAUAGAGAUUCAGAACAUGACUCACCUUCAGACUCACUUGAGAAGUUGGCUCGCAUGUCAACCGAAGACAUAUCUCUAACUGAUUGGCACUUGGGAUUCCAUAUCUCACUGGAUAUGCUUCCAGAAUACAUUCCAAUGCAGGUUGCUGAAUCCAUUCUGUUUGCUGGGAAAGCUAUCAGGGUUCUUAGAAAUCCAAGUCCAACCUUCAAGUUUCAUGAUGCACCAUCUCAUCAGCAGAUUCCUAGAGGAUCACAAAAGAUACAAGGAUUUAAUGGACGUUUUUCUUUCCAAAGGGACUCUUCUGUCUGUACCACGUUGAUUGCUGAAGAGUUACUUCCACAAUCUGAGGCUGACAAGAUUGAGUCUAUGCUUCAAGACUUGAAGGAGUCAUCCGAAUUCCAUAAGAGAUCAUUUGAGACUGCUGUUGCCUCAGUAAAAGCAAUUGCAGCAAGUCAUCUUUGGCAGCUUGUGGUUGUACGUGCUGACUUGAAUGGCCACUUGAAGGCUCUUAAAGAUUAUUUUCUCUUAGCAAAAGGCGAUUUUUUUCAGAGUUUUCUCGAGGAGAGUCGGCAGCUUAUGCGUUUACCACCUCGCCAGUCAACUGCUGAAGCCGAUCUGAUGGUUCCUUUUCAACAGGCUGCUAUAAAGACUAUUGGUGAAGAAGACAGAUACUUUUCAAGAGUGUCUCUGCGGAUGCGUGGAAUCAUGAUUAAAUCCUCCCAAGUCGAGUUGCCGAAAGUAAAAGCUUAUUCUGAAGGUGACUUUAGUGUCCAAUCAGAUACUUCCUUAGAGAUGUCCCUUGAUGGCUGGGAUGGCAUUGCUCUUGAAUAUUCUAUUGACUGGCCCUUGCAAUUAUUCUUUACGCAGGAAGUGCUCUCUAAGUAUCUUAGGAUAUUCCAGUAUUUACUCCGACUUAAGCGGACACAGAUGGAAUUGGAAAAGUCAUGGGCUUCUGCAAUGCAACAAGAUCACUCUGAUUUUGCCAAACGUCAUAUUGAUCGAAAGAACAGUUCAAUCUCUCCACAGAGACGGCAGCGGUUUAGACCAAUGUGGCGUGUUAGAGAACAUAUGGCCUUCCUGAUCAGAAAUCUUCAAUUUUAUAUCCAGGUGGACGUAAUAGAAUCUCAGUGGAAUGUUUUGCAAGGUCACAUCCAAAAUUCUCAUGAUUUUACAGAACUGGUUGACUACCAUCAAGAGUACUUAUCUGCAUUAAUUUCACAAUCUUUCUUGGACAUUGGUUCUGUGUCUCGGAUUCUGGACGGCAUUAUGAAGCUUUGCUUGCAAUUUUGCUGGAAGAUUGAGAACCAAGAAAGCAGUGAAAGUACUGCUGAACUGGAGCGCAUAGCUGAGGAAUUCAACAAGAAUUCAAAUUCGUUAUAUACCAUACUCCGCAGUAGCAGGAUUGCUGGGAGUCAGAGAGCCCCAUUUCUUAGGCGCUUUCUUUUGCGUCUCAACUUCAACUCUUUCUUUGAGACAACUGCUAGAGGGGUGCUGAAUGUUGUGAGACCUCGCCCAACACUUGCAAUUCAGCAAUGAAGACAGCAUCUAUUCUACCUACCAACUCUUGCAAGGAAAUAUCCAAGAUGGUUUUGAUUGUUAGGGUUGUGUGUAUAAACUAGGAUUUCAGGUGUGUGCUCUAGCAGCCUGUUUUGGAGAUCAAGUCAAUUUCUAGAUUAUUGCUUGAUGAUCAUGCGUGGUUGAUCAGACUGUGGAAGUCUGUUGAAGAGUUAAAAAGUAUAUGAUCCUCCUUGAUACCCAACAGGCAUCAGCGUCAAGUAUUACUCAAAAUAAAAUUUAGUUUUUUUU